UUUGGCCGAAAAAUGUUUUUCCAGAAUCGUAAUGUAUAUCCCUCCAAUGUCUGAUUCAUCACUGUGAUUGCUUUCAACAGCGUUGGACUUUUGAGAAAUAAUUAUUUUAAAAUCAACUUCAACGCUCUAUCUAAUUUAAUAUGCAAUAUUUGAAAAUUUAUUUUUUAUUCCCUUCGGCAGUUUUUCGAUGUUUAUCGAAUGAUAUUGCAUUAAAAGGCCUUUUUCUUCAUCACUGUGUGGUUUUCUCGUUGUUUUGCGUUGCGAUAGUGAUUUCUGAACCGUGUUUUGCGAGGGCUUAUUUUAGGCCUGAUUUUGCUGCUACAGACGGAAAAAGUUUGCGGCUCGAUAUUUUUGGUCUAAAGCGAGACUGAAACAAAAGAAAUUCAUUUUUGAAUAGUAUUCGGUAACCUCUACUUGGGAGAUAAAAAUCGGCCGAUUUUAUUUUUUAGCCGGAAAUCAUCGGUCGUUUCUUAGGCGCAGGGCCUCUUAAGUGUUUAUAUUAUAAAUGGUUCUAAAAUAUCUACCUUGUAGUCCGUUUUCAAAUACUGUUUUCCCUCUUUCAGAGCUUGCUCGCAUCUAACGACCCACUGUCUGUCUCCAGUCCUUGCAACUAAUUUUAGCAAAUCGUUAAAGGCUUUUGCUCCUUCAGCGGCAAAGUAGUCUAGUCCUUGAAAUGACUUUCUUACUGUAGCGGUACACGAUGACAAUAUUCGUAACAUUGUGGACGGGCUGAACGGAGAAAAAUUCGUCUCCAAGCAGAACUGGUUAUACUGAUCAAUUAUGCGCUGUGUUAUCAUGGACCUUAUCACAUUAGGUGUUUCGAGUAUCUUGCCGUUUGAUAGGUACAGGUAGCGUUGGCCAAACGGUAGAUCUUGGACCACGUGGGGACUGGUAAUGAAGCUUAAAAAAUGAUCAAGCUGGAUUUCGUCUACCCUGAGUCUAGGGCUCUUGGCGGCAGGCAAGGGAACACCGCGUCCAUGCUCGAUGGAAUGUUGGCGAGCUACUUUGAUUCUGUAGUCGGUGAUGCCAGGAAUAAAUUGCUGCAAAACAGAGUACGGUGUCAAAUCAGCCAUUAUUGACAACACCUGUCGGCGGGUGUCCCAACUACUUGCAUUCUGAUAGGUCUCUGCUAACGCUUCCAGGUACUUCUUAUCCAACGGAGAUUGAUUGUCUGUGCCCAAGGCUUUUUCUACAGACUGUGAGCUUUUCAUUGCUUCCCAUAGGGCUGCCGGGUUUCUAGGAGAAAUGACCUCUAACGACGCAACGACAGCAUCUUUUGCUUUAGAUGCGCGAACAUUUUUAGUUCGCGUGCUUAGUUGCUCCCAACUUUUUUUCGGUUGAUUCACAGUUUCCCUGCCACAUACACUUAGAAAUUCAUUCAGCUUUAAGCGACGAAGCGUUUGGGUUUCGAUUGAUGAAUCAUUCGCACUACCGCUGCUGCUGCCGGUACUUUCUGUAGCGUAAGGGCUACUGUCGAACGAAACAAGUUCGAGGUUUUUCAUGGCUUGGCUCAAACCAGAGGCACUUUCAUUGUCCUGGAAUAGAAAAGAGAAAAGAAGAAAAGAGAAAGCCAAAUUAAGAAAGAGAAUAAUAAAAUAAUAUAAGGAGUUAAGAAGCUAUAAGCGACUAUCACAGUGAUACAAAAUAAUGACAAUGACGAUGAUUGGGCCGAUGAUAAUGAUGAAGAUGAUGAAAACUGUAGCUUUUAUUUAAAAAAAAAUUUAGUCAUCGAAUUAAUUCUACAUGUUUUGAACUGCAAAACAAAUUGCAGAUCUAAUUUAAAACAAUCCUCCUUCCUCCAUCUGUUUCUAUGUGUGCAUGGGGUUUUUUUUCGUUGAGGUCCCAAGAAGGAGCCAUUUGAAAACUGUUUCAAUUCCAAAUCCUGUCUCUGAUUCUGAUGAUAAUAAUAUAUUACCGAGUCAGUUUCGUCAGUGUCAACAACUGACAAGACCUUUGCCUUUGCUUGUUGGACUUUGAAAGAAACAUCCUCUUUUGUAAUGGACGGUGAUGAAGCAAAUGAUGUGCAGACGUCUCGUUUCUCUUUUGCCAUUGGAGGGGGGACAUCUUCUUCUUGUUUCACACGGGGAUGAAGGUACCCCUGAUGCAAGCACCAGCCGACAUUUUUUACAAAUGGCUAAAAUUAAAACAGAAAAAUAACAACUCAUGAGUACAUUUCCCAUCUUCUUUAUUCAGCGAUAAAAUCUGCGGAAUAUCCAUUUCAGCCUUCGUGAAAUAAUGCAGUGGAAUCUCCAUAAUCACUGCAAAUUUGGUUGGUGUCUGUAACACAGCGAAUGUGGUUUUAAUCACUGAUUUAGACAUGCAUUUGAUCCCCAUCGAGUUAGGAUUUGGACAUAAAGCUUUUUGUUCAUGGCAGCUAAUUGUUUCUAAAUUUUAAGUACCAGUCCCCAGCCUACGCCACAGACCAGACUUAACAUCUAGCCGGGUUUCUUUCGACUGCAUACACAGUUCCCAGGGACUACAGGAUUGUGCAAUUCUUAGCAUUAUCUUUAUUACUUACGAGACGCAACUGGAACAAGCACUGAAGUGAGCCUAAAGAUCCUUUUACAUUGUGGUAGGGUGAUACCCCGAUCUCCCUUCACUUGUUUACUCUUAUGCGCCGCCCAGUCUUUUGGAGCCGAACAUGUUCUUUUGCCGCUACGCCAUCGUAUACCAAAGGCGUCUCGAUGUCGUGGACAAAUCGACAUUUUAAUUUGAUUAUCAUCGACUUCGAAAAUCCCUGAAACAAAAUGUAUAAAGAAGCCGUAGUGAAUUCAUGUAGCAAUUCUGUGGUAAUCGCAAAAUGUGUUAGCUGUUAGUAUCAAAAGUUAGAAAGUCAAAUUCCGGAACUACGUUGCUGCCUUUGAGAGGUCUUUCGAGUUGCGGCGCCACACAUAAACAAAUUAAUAUUAAUGAAAAAAUUAAAAUAAAACGAAUGACAUAUAAUAACAAGCAGUAAAAGCGCAUCAACUUGAUCAACUCAUCGGAAAGGCUUUAUUUAUUUACAGUGCAAAUCAGUUACCUGCUCUUGCGAGAAGAAGAUCUGCUUCCGUUUUCAAGGACGAAUCCAAGCAGUCAUAUUGGUUUAAGUGAGACUUGGCGUCUUUUGUGCAUUUGUCUAGUGCUACACACGUUGCAUCUGCAGGAUUUGAAGGGCUUGCUCCACAGGGCCCUCCAACAAACGUAGAAUAUCCACACGAUGCCAUACGUCAACGAGUGUUGGCUUCAACUCGGAAGCAAGGUGGCUUUGGUACUAGCUCUAAGAAUUACUCAACUAUCACACGUUUACUUUGAAAAAAUUUUUUAGGGUGGAGUUUUUCUUAUCUGAUUUAUCUGAAAGCAUUUUUAGACUUAAAGUAAAUAUUUCAAGAUCAGCAGACGAGAUAACCCAAGAUAGCAGACAACAACCUCGUUCCCAGGUUCUCUCUCCUACUCUUCGAGCAGACAGCACAUGGUCCUGGUGCUAUAUAUUUUUUGGGUUUCUAAAGUUUCGCAGUCAGUCCGUUUUACUUUUGAUCAGCCCCCUGAUUUAUCAUUUUCACUUUGAUCAUUGUUUAGUUUCAGGGAGGGUUUAUUGCAUUGUGCAGCACGAAUCUGACUUACCCCACACCCAUACAACUGACAUUCCCGUCCCCAGUCCCCACAGCUGUGUGUAACGCAACAGAUGUGAAGAGAACGUGUAUUUAAUUUAGCGGUUUUAUUUCCAAUACCUCUUCCGUUUUUGACAGAUAAGUAAUAUAUUUAGUCAUAUAUCCUUAUGUAAGCUGACGUGGGCUAAAUUGUUCUUUUUAAAUGAGCAAUGGAUAGUCAGUAUUGAAACGUGUUGAUCUGUGCCGUUCACGGCUGUUAAUUCAUUGAACAGCAAACGGAUUUUGACUGUUAACGGGUUCAUUUAAGUAAAAAAACUGGCGAAACAGAUGCAAAUAAGUCGAAAAUAAUAAGUAUUGUUCCGUUUCAAAGAGAUCUGGGGGAUUUUGGCCAUUCUUUGCCCCAAAGAGCAUUUUUGUUGAUUUAACACCUUGGAAUACCGUGACAAAAGUGGCGUGAAUUUGACCUCAAGGGCAACUUUCAUUUGGCGCUAGAAUAUUUUCCCUGUUGGGUUGCCCAAAAAUUUUAUUGCAAUAAUUUGAGGAAGACACCUUGCUCUUUCUAUCUGUAGGAAAGUUAUGCCUCAAAGCCGUAUACCAAGAAGUGAUUUUGAGUCCGAAUUUUGUCAAUAUUUUGUCUGUCAAAAAUCAGCAAAUUAGGUAAAAUAAUUAAAAAUCUGAAAAAUAUCCAGUUUGUUGUCGAAUAGGAAAAUUUCACAUUGAAAAUAUCAUUUAAUUUGCACUCUUACUAUUAAGGUUUUCAGAAGCAGAGUUUGUUCCUUCUUUAAUUUUUAAACGAUUUUUAAGUAAUGCACUGUCUUUAGCCGGUGAAACCCAACCUGUGAGCCCCCGAACCUGUGAGCCCGCCGCACGCGUAAAAGAAAAAUCUAAUCGAACUAAAAGUUAUUUUUCUAGAAAUAGUUUACCUAGAGCUAUAUUCUGACAAAGUUUGGGGAUUUUCGAUUUUUUCAUUUUGCACGCCCCCAGGCGAUAUUUACGGACGGCCGCUCUUAAGUAUUUACAUUAUGACAUAUAACACUCUUUUUGUUUUCCAAACGAAAAAGUAGCAUAACAGCACCAACUGACAAUAAAAUUUUAUCUCCAGGCAAGCAAAAGUCACCGCUGCUAAGAGCGCUCUUGUAUUUUCAACUUUGUUUGAGUUUGUUUCAAACUUGACCGACUAUAUCAAGGAAAAACUGGGCACGCCGCCGAGCUUAUUCGACAGUUUUUAAGGUGUCAUAACGUGAGAUGAAAGCAUUGUGUCCAUUGUUUUAAUUUGUACAAUUCACAGUAAUUUCCUUUUUCUUUUCAAGAGAUUUCCAUGAAUUCAAGUUGAGAAUAUCAUUUCAGAAAAUAAGCGGCACGUAACAAGGUCAUCAACCACGGCAGAUGUGAGUUAAUGAAACGCCGUGAUUUCUUUCAGAAAUUGAGGAAUGCACAACUAACUAUCACAGAUGUAAUGAGAAUGCUGCGUGCCAGAAUACCGUGGGUUCAUACAAAUGUACUUGCAAAGCUGGAUAUUCUGGAAAUGGCCGCAAAUGCGUUGGUAAGUACUAAAGUUUGCUUUAGACAUCCAUAUUUUGCCCUAAUACUUCGCAAACUGAUUGAAUUCAUUCUUUUCUGAUGUUGUUUGUUAAUAAAAAAAGUAGUUUCUGUGUCUUAAGUAUUUUUUUUUUUACGGACAUCAUACUGUAUAUGUCUGUCUGAUUUCGUUAAAACCUGGCCACUGGGUUUUCGGGCUCCAGGCCAGCCAAGUGCCCAAAAAUGUAGGGGGCAUGACGUCUUGCUCGGUACAGUUGGAUAGCCCAGGGACUGCCCUAACAGUGGGUGGGUGGAUCAGGCCUUGGGGUCAAAACUAGUGGGGUAGGGAGGGGGCUGUAUUGACACAACCCCUUCAGUAAGCAGCAGUGUUCAGUGCAGGCUUUGACUGGCGAGUACCUUCGUCUUUAUUUGCCCUAGCCAACUAAAUCAGGCCUCUGCUGAAAAUGAUUAUCAUGAUUAUUGCAGAGCUCAGUGGCAGGUGCAGACAGUCGCCCAUUGUCCUGGGUAGGGAGGGUCAAAGUCUUGGUACCAAGGAUGCACUUAGCAUAGGACCUUUAGACACUCACUGAAGCCAUGUUUUCAUAACUUCAGUCAGAUGUACAAUGCUGUAAUUAAGUUUUACAGUCAUCAAUUGUAGUCGUAAAUUUCUUAUAGGCUCUUAGUCUAAGGCGGCAAAAAUAAGCCACCAACCUUUAGUGGGUAUUUACUGGAUUUCGAGCAAAAAUAUAUUUUGCCCUUUUGCUUCGCAAAGUGACUGACUUAGUUCUCCUCUUUGUUGAUUAUAUUUAUAAACUAAAUAAAUAUGCUUUAUUGUAUAGUACAGAACUGUUGUUAUUGUCUCUAUCUUUUGUGGUCAAAACUUUCUAAUAAGCCCCCAGUCUAAGGCGGAACUAACCCUUAGUGGAUGGAUUUUGAGCAUUAUAAGAAUACUUGCUCUAAUGUAGCAGGGAACAACGUUUUACACGAAUUUUCAUUCCUUCAAACAAAACUAUUACGAAAACUGGUAGGUGGACGUCUGUUUGGGGACAUAUUUGUUUUGACUUUAAGAAUUUCAUUGGUAAUAACGUUAUAGUUUGAAAGGAAAUUUGGAAGGAAAUGUCAAGGAAGGUAUGGCUUGUUGUUUUCGGCUCAUGAAAUCAAUAGGGCCGUUUAUACGAGAGAAAAUAAGCCGCAGCUUAGUAUAGCCGCGGCUUAUGUAAGACGCGAAAACCCCGUAUAAAUGGUACAAAAUUCAUGUUCACGGCUUAUUCAACCCAAGGCCAGCUCAAGCCGCGGCUUAUCCUGGCCGAGGGGUUUUGGGAUGGGCUUAUCCAAGCCGCGGCUUACCUUGGACGUGAAAGUGUUCGUAUAAAUGCAUUCAAACGUUGUCCGCGGCUUGCUGAAGCCGUGAACGACUGCUGCGCAUGCUCUGUUUUCAAUUCUAUCCCAGACCUUCACGGCCGAGAGACGCGCGUUGCAGUGGCGGCAAAAUGAGUUUUGUUUACAUUUACAAAGUGGAAAAUGGUGGAUAGAGAUUCAUGUAAAAAAAGACAUGUGUGGAGUGCCCCAGAAGAAAAACAAAUCCUGCUCAUAUGCAGCGAGCUUGAGAUUCCGGGGCAGCUCGAUGUCUGCGUUACCUCGGCAAGCGUAAGUUCUCCGAUUUCAAUUUUAAAUCUGCGCUUAUUAAAGUACAAGCUGGCCGCGAACUAAGCCGUGAACCAUUUAUACGAGCAGUUCGCGUCUAAUAUAAGCCGUACUCGUAUAAAUGGUUCCUUUCGCGCCUUAUGUAAGCCGCGGCUUUUUUUCUCUCGUAUAAACGGCCCUAAUGUUUUAUAAUUUUGUUUUUGUUUUUAGAAAUCGACGAGUGUAAGAGCAAAACCCAUAACUGUGACAAAAAUGCGUUAUGUAAGAACACUGAGGGGUCCUUUACUUGCAUCUGCAAUCGCGGUUACAAGGGAGAUGGAAAGAAGUGUAGAGGUAAUUAUCUAGCGUUCUUUUAUUAAAGGUUGGUUUCCACUGUCGCGUAAUUUUUACGUGACUGCGUGAGCGCGUUGGUUUUACGUACGUAAGUAAAAUGAGGGUUAUGUAUAAGAGGUCGCUCUCGUAAAGGUAACAGUUGACCCUUGCUAAACGUUACGCGCGUUCAUUUUACGCGCAUACUCAAGUAAAUAUUACGCGGCAGUGGAAAUCCACCCUAAGUUUUUAAUAACCAAAUAUAUUUUAUACAUCCAGCACACUCACUCAUUCCAUUGCUUGUAUUUAUUCUCCCUGGUACCGGUUGUUCAAACGUUGGAUAGCACUUUGCAUCGGAUAAAUCACUACCCGGUGGAUAAGUUUUAGGGACACUAAUUGCGUUAUCUACUGGAUGGAUAUUUAUCCAGCUUUUGAACAACUGGGCUAUGUAACUUCGUAACCCUGUUCCGCACAAGCCACUGGUUUAACUGUAACGUUGAGUUACACGAGGAGAAUGUCAAGAAAGAAUUUCUAAAGUUAUAUUUACUUGCCUUGUAAACGUAAAAUAGAUGGAAUUUAUGUUUGUCUUUGUUUUUUUUUUAGAAAUCGACGAGUGUACAAGCAAAAUCCAUAACUGUGACACAAAUGCGUUAUGUAAGAACACUGAAGGGUCUUUCACCUGCACAUGUAAAACUGGUUACAAAGGAGAUGGCAAGAAGUGUAGAGGUAAUUUUAAAAAGCGCGCGCCCUCAUGUUCUUAAUCACCAAUCAGUUAGUUAGGCCGACAUCUAAGGCAAGCUUCUAUGUUAUUCUACAGCAAUUUUAGAAGACCUCCAUAUUUGCAUCGGGCAUCGCUUUCAUUUGGAACAUAGAGUGAAACGGAUAAUGACGAGGAAGAAAUUUCUAAGUUUUGUCUACUCGCAUACUGAACGUAAAAUAAACUGCGCAAUUUAUGUUUCUCUCUUGUUUUCAGAUAUAGACGAAUGCUCAAGCAAAACCCAUGACUGCGACAGAACUGCGUUAUGUAAGAACACUGAGGGGUCCUUUAGCUGUACCUGUAAACCUGGUUACAAAAGAGAUGGGAAAAAGUGUAAAGGUAGUACACGCAAUUAUCGCAUUGUCUGCUUUUAUUAGUCAAAUACAUUUGUCAUAGAUUCUUAGCUAUGAACUGGAACUAGCCUACGCUACAGGCUUAAGCCGGAGAGUCUGUUCACAUGCAAUUAUUCUUUAAUGAUUUUCCUUCCUAAUAGCCUCAACUCAAAGUUACCUCCAGCAACAGAAAUCACUGCUCUUCUGAAUGAAUGAAGGCAAGCAAGAUCCGGGAAGCCGAUUACAUAUAUACCUGUAUAUUAUAGUACCAUAGAUUAUAAGUCUCUUUUGAAAACGAUUGCAGGCUUGAUUAAUUUAGUAAUGUCGCUUUGUGGAACUAUCUUCACUUUUUCUUUAGUUUCAUUUUACGCAGGCGAAUUGUUAAGGUAUUUUUUGAUUCUUUCCUUAACCAUUAUAUCAACCACGUUUUCUUCUUUUUUCACCUUGAGUUUACACGAAGAUUAAAGUGAAAUUCUCGUUUCUCCAUGGAAGCUUUGCAAACUUUUUCCAAACAACGAAUUCUUCAAAGCUGAUCUCUAAUAAUGAUAUGUAUUUUGUUGUAGCGACACGCGGGCUCUUUUCCUACGAUCCCGCUCAAUCCUGCAAAGAAAUCAAGGACUUAGGUAUCUCCAAUAGAGACGGGGAGUACUGGAUUGACCCAGGAAGGACUAAAAGUCCUUUUAAGGCAUAUUGUGACAUGACAACUGACGGAGGUAAGGUUUGAGUUGCAGCUGACAUAGCCUGCGUAGCAGGCGUCGAAAGGGGUAGGGGAUAGGGAGGAAAGGAAAAAGGGGAGGGGGAUUGGGGAGAGGGGGAGGGGACGCCUGCUCUAAGAACCCCCUUUUGUUCAUAUCUGCGGACGCUGGCGUCCGCAAAUUCCUGAUUGGCUGAGCCGUAAUGAGUAACAUAUUGAAAUGCGCGUUUCACAAAUCAACAAACAGUGGAGAUGGCAGCGGUAGACGUGGAUGUCGUAGAGAGUGUUUUGAGAGAUGAGAAUUUAUCUAGUGGUAGAGAAACUGUUUUAAAACCAGAGCAAGAAUCAGCAGUAACGGCUCUUUUAGAUGAGAUGAGAUGUUCUGGCGGUUUUGCGGACCGGAUACGGCAAGAGUUUAAUUUACCAAAUGUUUGUACGCGCGAAGAACUACGAGCUUAAUGGUAAUGCGGCGGUUCUCGUCAUUUCGCCACUGAAAAGUAUUAUCGAAGACCAGUUGCAGGAGAUGGAAUUGUUGGGCUACCCAGCGAAAGAUUUAGCCAAUUUAUCGAACGAUGACAUUCGCCGAUGUAACUUAGCAAUAAAAGAGGGUGGUUUUACCUCAUGCCAAAAUGCUGCUUAUUCCAAUAAAGUUGUUUUUAUCUGCUGGGUAGAUUAUGCUCUGGAAGGUUCUGCAUUUAUACUGAGCAAAUGUUACACUGAGAGGUCAUGACAUACAUAUCGAUUGACUGUAGUUAUUGUUUUUUGGUCGGCAGGAUUUGCGCUCUGAUGCAAGCGCAAUUUCUUUAAUUUCUUUGACCUCUUUUGAAGCGUAAAGCUUUUUUUAUUACGGCUGAAUAAGGAUUCCAAUUUUCUCCAAAGUGCCUUCUGGAUCUGAAGAAGUAAGCGAAUUUCUUUAGUCCGUGAGUGUAAUGUUUUUCUGCAAUGGCGACUGUAGCGACACUUGAUUGACAGUAAGCGUAAUCGGAUUACUAGAAAUUGGUAGGCGUUAUGCAAAAACAUAGGCUCUUAGAGCAGGCGCCCCCUUCCCUUUUCCCUUUCUCCCUUCCCCUCCCCUCCCCUUUUUGCGCCUGCCACGCAGGCUACAGCUGACACCUCUUUUAUGCUGGUACGUUUUAAUUUAUAAAGGAAGUUCACAAAAUAUACAUUGUUUGCGCCAUGUCUCGUUUCGGGGUCAACUUGAGAGACUGUUAGCAUCUGCUUAGCGAAUCACGGAACUCUUAGUUCGCGGGAGUGAUAUUAAUAAGGCUUCCAGUGAUUUUGGCUGUGAACUAAGCACUACUGCUUGUUUUGGCCCACACGACUGAUGAAAAUUGAUUGAAUUUCAGGGGGGUGGCUUCUUGUCUCCAAAUUUGUUUCGCACGGUUCAUCUCCCUCUCAGCUGCCAGUUAAGACAUCGUACCGCGGAGUAAGCAGCAAAGAGAUGGUACUCUCAAAAAGCGCCAUGAAGGAGCUGAGGAAGCACUUGCAUUUUACUCAAAUAAGAUUUCACUGCAAGAAAAGAGGAGGUCGCACAUUUCACAUCACCACGGCUGCUAAUAGCAAAGGCGAAGCAGUUGUCAAAUAUCUUAGUGGUGAGACAGAUGUGAUACCCGCUUCAUGUGGCUCGUUUGUGAUUAUGAGCAAUGAUAACUCGCGGUUAGCAAGACUCUGCCAACAUUGGGGAUUGGAAAAUGGUUAUUAUAAAGUUGGCAAGUGGGGCCAUGAAAGAGAUCAGGAUAGAUUAUCCUUCCACACUGCUUUUGUAUGGGACUACCCUCGUCAAGGAGUGGGGAAUUAUUUUUGGAAUCUUGACCCAGGUGGCAGAUGGGAAUGCGACGAUUUUAAUGUUGGAGUGUCCCCUGGUGAUUUUUGGAAAAUAUUCGUUCGCUAG